AUCUACUUUAGGAAUGACGAAAGGACAGGUCUACACUUGGGAACGCAAAUGUUUAUACCACUGAUAGUGGCAGUGGUUUACACCAUAGACUUUCCUACAAAAUUGUUUACGCUUCGAUGGGCUCUCCACCUGACCUCGACUGCGGUACCGGCCGCGCCUCCUCGAAAGAGAGGAAGGGUAAAAAGGCACGCCAAUUCAGAGAGGGAGAGGAGCAUGCAACUUUGCGUUUCUCCUCGCUCAAAGCUUCCAGUUAACAUGUCCGCGCCCAGACCCAUGGCUGCGUACGCCAGCGCUUCGUGAUUGUGCGGGAAGCAAAAAAAGAGAGUGGCUACCCGCGAGCGAAAAAGUCAUGGCUGUGGUGCGUGCGGUGAUCGUGAACUUUGUGUUGGCCUGUGCGUGCGUCGGUGUGCUCGCGCAGUUCAACUGGCACGUGCGGGACAACUUCGACGACAUCCGGACACGGAUCGACAAAGUUAGAGGCGAAAACUGUCGGGUCGUCGAUGUCAACGAGCUCUUCCUGCCCAACGAAACCGUCACUCAUGUGCCCAACAUCCAGAGGCUCAACAUCGAUCCGGUCUUUCCGAACCGGACCAAUCUACUACACGUACACAACAUGGCCAUUUCGCGGGCAUUCUUCUUCAGUUUCAUCCUGCAGAAGGCAGCGGACAAUGACGAGCCUGGUUUCAUGUACUACUUCAUGUCGGUGAUCUCAGAUGUGGCCGCCAACCGUUUUAUCAACAGCAGCGCCAUCUACUACGGCCCCAACAUGUCAUUCACACCGUCAUACAAGGGUUUCUUCAACAAGACCAUGCCCUUGUUUGCACCGAGGGCGUACAGGGCUGACGACUUCAAUGACCCAUACCAUCUAGAGGGCACGUCAACGUUGAACACAAUCGACGCUGUGGAUCUGGGUGCCAUUCCUGUGGACACACCAAGCCGCAACUACUCGAGUGACCAGUACCGCAUCAAUGAGUGGUACCACCACUGGCUGCCAGAUCUGACCAAGCGCCAGGACUCCAAGACUACGUACACCAUUCAGAUCACCCACUUCAAUGGCACCAACGAGACCUUUGUGUGGCACGGACCUCCGGAUCCGUCGGACAAUCCGGGACCUGUCAAGUGGUCUCGACCAUACUUCGACUGUGAGCGAUCCAACAAGUGGGUCUACGGUGCCACGUCCCCAAUACCUGACAUCUACCCGCGUCACACGCAGUGGCGUCACAUCGAGAUCCCCAAGUACGUGGCAGUGGCUGUCCUAGAGCUGGAUUUUGAGCGUCUGGACAUCAACCAGUGCCCCAUCGGGAGCGGCAAUCCCCGGCCCAACUACUUUGCUGGGACAUCCCGCUGCAAGAAUGACACCACUGAGUGUGAACCAGUCCAUGGCUACGGCUUCCGGCGUGGUGGCUACCAGUGUCGGUGCCGGCCUGGCUACCGACGCCCCCGGAUUGUGCGCAACCCAUACCAUGGCGAACUCAUCGAGCGUGCCACCGAGCACGACUACCGCACAGGCUUCAACUGCGAGAAGAUUGGCUACUUGAUGGUGCAGACGCAGAAUCUGCUCCGCAUAGCAGAGGAGGACCGCCUCCGCUUCAUCGGCAUGCAGUCCAACCACAUGGCCAUCCUCAACAUCAGCAGCGGUGCCAACAAGGACCCACACCUCAUCUUCACCCUCAUGAAAGCGGUGACGGCGUCCAACUGUGCCAAAAUUGGGCAAGAACGCCCCGAGCUGCUGCGUCUACCGGGCGAUGUGGCGCACGGUCGCGAGUGGCAUCUAGAAAAUGAGGCACGCUCGGCGGUGCGGCUAGCAAACUUCCUCUCAGGGUUCCUGCAGACCGUUGACCCCAAGGAACUGUUCGCCGAGUUCCGAGUGCCCGACCGCUCACUCACGCAGGACCAGAUCAUUGGCGAAGCCAUGUCACUGGUCGCUGGCAACCAGCGGAUCCUGGGCUGCGGUGUGUACUUUGACCGGAAGCAGUUUCCUGGGCGGGCCCUCUACGCGCCUUACGCCUAUCGGCGCUAUCGCAACGAGCGGCGUUUCUACGUCGACGAUAUGGCACGCUUCCGCGGUGCUGCAUACCUGCAGGAAGGGUUCUUUUCCCAUCUGAAGACGCGCUGGGCAGCCAACCUCGAUGACCUGGUCACUUACACCACCAAGAUACGCAUCAGGUACAACUCCACGGGCCACAACCCAAUCAACUACGACCACUACCCGCUUCAGUAUGAUGCGGCAGAGGUGGAACACGGCUACUGGACCGACCCGUACUUUGACUGUGGGGGCCUGCACACUGACUGGGUCAUGGUGUACGCGUCUCCUUUCUUUGGCUGGGACAGCCUCCACGACCGCAUCGAGUUCAAGGGCGUAGUGGCGGUAACGAUGAUGCUGUCGGAGCUGGACAUCAACCAGUGCCCAGACUAUGACCCGUACUCGGAGGAGAACAUCUUCCAGGACACACACAAGUGCGACCGCCGUUCAUCUAGGUGCGUGCCAAUCUUGGGUCGCGGUUUCGACUCGGGCGGCUACAAGUGCGAGUGCCUCCAGGGCUUCGAGUACCCCUACAACGACCCCAUCACCUACUUUGAUGGCCAGAUUGUCGAGGCUGAGUUUGAAAAGGUCAUCGAGGACAACCCCAGCAAGUACGACACGCUCAAGUGCCGCAUUGCAGGGGCGUCGACUGUGUUCUCGAGUGCAGUGCUGAUCGCAGUGGCUGUGGCACUGGUGCGGACUUUGAAUGCUGUUUGAGCCUUGGAUCUCAGUUGCGAGGUGCUCUGUGAAAAGGACGUGUCAGAGAGCGAUCAGAGCAGCCAUUGUGUUGAAUCAGAUAGAUCUUGAACAUUAGUUUCUCUCUGUGCGCUGUCCUCUUGGCUUAAGUGGACUGCAAGUAAUUUGUGUUCAGCGAGAUUGAAGAAGUAGUGAGCUGCUGCGACUGAACGGCGCUCGUGGUUGUGCAAUGGAAAUGCACUUCAGGACACAAACCAGCAUGUUGUGAUAGCUGGCUAAAUAUUUUUGUCAUUGAAAUAUCUAUAAUUUCUUGGAAAGGCUAGAAUUAAUAUCGUCUGCCUAGCAAAGGACAAGCAUAGCAGCUCUUCUUCCAGCAUAAGAUCGAUUUUUUUUCAAGCGAAGCUUGUAUACGCUAGCCUGCACCGGCAAUGUAACGCUAAAACAGAUCAGCUGCUCUCAGAGCUGCGCGCAUGCACGGAUUGCUAUAAAAAGAAAAGAGAAAGCAAGCAAUAGACCCAUGGAACAGAGAAUCCUGCUGCGCUGCCGCACUACUGACUUCAUUCUCUCCGCCCGUAGGAGUCGUGUGUCUAGGUAACGUGAGAGGAACGAGUAUUUCUCGUGUCAGAACACCAUCGGAGCUGCAAUGGGACGGCUGCGUGCGUGCGUUCAAGCAAAGAACAGAUGGCGUUUGUUUAAUGCCACCGGGAACUCGCUCUAGAAAGGGCUCAUCAUCGACGUGCCAACCUCGCCGUGAGGGAGCGCGAAGCUGAGGCGUUACGACGGUGCUGGUAGUAGCAUCUGACUAAAGCCAUGUUUACUGCCAGAGGCUGUAAUUUAAAGUCUGAAGGUCGCAACAGCUUAGCAGCUGCGUUAGGGAUUUGAAAUGCUGUGGACGUGUGAAGAAGUAGGGAUGAAUGUUGCUAGCACAUGUGCAGCAGCGUGGCUAGGAGGGAACAGAGGAGAGUGGUGCAGGUCAGUGGCAAUGAAGCAGCGUCAAAUUAGGAUGGAGACGAGCUGAUGGCUUGCUGCGUGCCACCACAUUGCAAAAGAGCACGAGGAUGAGUGAUAAGCGCGGUGUUUGCGCUGGGCCUGUUGUUUUUGAGAACAGUGGAGAACAGCAAACAUAUGACAGCGGAGUAAAAUGCGCAGGCCAGGCCUGCCACACUUCAAAACUCGGACUUCCCUGUUCUAAACAUUGCUGUGCUCAGUGCUCGACUUUGACUCCAGAAUAUAGAGGGCACUGCAGCCCCUUAAGAGAACAGGGCUUCAGUAACCCUUCUGUGCAACUCCUACGUUCGUAAAAAUGGUACACCCGUUGGCGCGUCAUUUUGCUACAUGACAGUGACCGUCCAUCCUGUGCAUUUUCUUAAGAUGGUGUGCCUGGUACAUUCCUGUCGUGAUCACAUCCCAUGGCAUUCCAGAUGGGGAAGUAUCAGGUGCUAACACACAGAAAAAUGUUGGUGCCCUUUGGUGAUUGUCUUGUCCCCAAAUGGUAAUAGUCAUUAACCUUGCGUGCAUUUUCUUUAUUUGACACUCACUUACUUUCAUAUCAAAAGGGCUGUGUCACACUGAUACACGCAUGCCACUUGUGACCUGAAAUUACCAGGAGCUCAACAUUGAAGGAAGGAAGGAAGGAAAGUGGAGGGGUGUUCCUCAAGCGACUCCUCACGUCGGGGAUCGCCGAGAAGUGCCAUUGAAACCUGAAUACUGCGUCUAUUGUGAGGCAGCAACACCAUCAAUUUUCUGGAGUCAAAGUGGAGUGUCAAGUGGAGUUACAUUUAAGAGCAUGGGUGUAAGCCUCAAAGCAAAGGCUGCACGCCGCCUGAAACACAGCAUGUAAAAAUCAUGUAAUAGCAAGUAAGCUCAGAAAAUUAUUACUCCAGGAGCAUUGAGGCGGAGCACACAUAUUAAGCACAUUGUAAGAGCAGCUUGCCAUGCACUAAGGCAGCUACCACUGACACGGUUUUUUGUGUGGCGAGCAAACAAAGGCUGUCAUGGUUUCUUGUUAGUAUGUGGACUGCUUUGAAGAGUGACUGUUUGUCACAUAGUGAACCUUUGAGAGAGUCUCGGAACAGUACAAAGAAUGGUCUGGCAUAUUCAAGCUGCCAUCUGUGUUGCGAGGAGGCAAGAGCAUUCAUAUUGAGAGGGCUGAGGAGUGAACAAGGGUAUAACCGCAGACGGGGUAUGAUUCGUAUUUGAUGUCCUUUGUGCUGUUGCUUUGACAGCAGUUGCGCAGACAAGGAAGUUUGAAUUCAGUGCCUUUCUGGUCGGACCAAUUCGUGCCAUUGAGGAUACGUUGUUUUGUUUGUUUGCCUGGGGCAAAUUUUAAGCUUUUAGAGUGUGGCUGUCAUGAUUCUUUGUGGUUUAUUAUAACCCCCCCCCCCUUUUUUUUUGUUGGUAGACGCAUUCCGUCCACAUUACAUCACGUGUGUCGUACCUUACCAGUUGCAUCGCAGUUCUAGAGCUUGAUAAUUACUCUGAUGAAGCAACAGAUUAAAAAAAAAAAGAAUGCAGCCACCAUUUUCAAUGCUUAAAGCAGUGUCAGUUUUCAUACCGCCUUUUCUGCAACUCUGAACCUCACAUCUUAAUCAAGUGAGCAUCUAAAAUGUUGAAAAGGCAUUCUUUCAGGAUUUACCUCGUUGGUACAUAUCACCCGCUUUAUUAUCUUCAUUUUUUCACAGCAAGUGCCUUUGAGUGAAGUCAAAGGAUGCGAUCUCCUGAAUGGAGUACCAGGGGCACUGUUUGCAAUGUUUAUCGAUUGUGUGGUUCCUAUUGACCAUGCCACUCUAGCCGUCCAUUUUUAACUGCUACCAAUCCAUUAUACCCGGUGUAAAUCAAAAGAGUCGUUUCAUCACAAACUUUCUUUUAAAUGCUUGUUUAAAAAACUAUUUCUGAUAUUUUUCUUUUCUGGCAGACUUUAACUGUAACUUUCUUUUAUGGUGUGUGUUUCUGAUGUACACUUACUUUUUACUAGCCUAUUUUUAUACAUAUGGCUAUUUUCUGUGCUCUUGCAAGUUGACCAGCUGGGGAUGUUUAUGUACAUAUUAGCCAAGACUACUGAAUAGGGUGAAUCUCAGGCACAUGCCAGUGUGUGUGAAACAUGACUUGUGCACUUUUGUAUGUGAUGCAUGUGAAAUGCCUUCACUUUUCUUAUAUUAUCUGUGACAUUCCAUGAGCACCUCCUACGGUGACUCAGCACCUGUUGAGCACGAGGUCGCGGGUUCGAUCCCUAACUGCACUCUGAUGGGAGGCAGAAUGCAAAAACAUCCAUGUACCACUCAUUUGGUGCACUUCCAAGAACCCCCAGAUGGUCCAAAUUAAUGUAGAGGUUCCACACGACAGCGUAUGUUCAUAGCCUGUCUUUUUGGAGGGUCAGUGCCCUCCAUUGCAGUGUUUGUCAUACAUGAGCUUUAUGAUAUGUAAGGCUGCAUCAGUUAUUACAGUGCUUGGAAGAAAAAUAACUGCAGUGGGACUUCAGAUCAUAUUUGUGAUCGGAAACAAAAUCUGGUUAUGUGAUAUUCAUGAGCUAUUAUUGGUAUUGAACUGGUCUGUGUUUGGAAACCUGUGGAUAUUUAUGGUUUCUUGUUUUGAUGGUGGGUUUUUCUCUGCUGUGUGAAUAUCCAUGAGAGCAUGCCUCGUUUUAUUUUUGUCAUUAUUUGUUUUGUUGUCUCUUUGUUUCGAGAUCUGCAUGGCUUUAUUACACUGUUCUACCUUUCCUUGUGCCCAGGUUGUUUGCUAAUGCUGUUCGUAUGAUGCAGACAAGAUUGUUUAUGUUAAUGAAGAUCAUUCUCACAUAACCGAAAGCAAGAUUUAUGGGUUCUUGUUGCAUUUGUAGAAGUUGCAACACAUGGCAGUGUUGGUAUUCUCUGUCUACCAUUCCUAUGAGGGUAACUUUUCUACAGUCAGUUGUGUAAAGAGUGCGAGAUGAUUCAACAUUUAGACAUUGUAAGAGUUUUAGUGCAUGUUACACAAUACUUCUGCUAAAACUCAUAAUGGUGUCUGUGAACUGUCAAGCUCAGACACCUGUACUGAAUUUAGUAAAAGAUACAAUUUGAACGCGGACGUACUGACAUGAUUCGAGCAGUUUUCACCCAGUGUGUUAACCAUCUCGUCUGUGUUCCUGCUGGUUCUUCCCCUAAACUCGUUGUGCAUAAUGAAUUAGCCCGUACUGCCACUGUACUCAAAUCUGUAUUAUGUAGUCCACUAUUAAAGUGAACUCCAUCAAGUAUUUGGCUGCAAAUUACACCUAAAUUAGAACUUGAAUGUACGCAGACUAUUUUUGUUGCAAGCAUGUCAGCAUAGUGGCAUCCUAUCAGCAGUUUCUUUUCUUCCAGUAAAGCAGAGGUGCUUCAGUUAUAUUGUCUUUAUGUAGCUAUAGGUGUUCUGUUUAAAAGGUUGAAUGGUACUGUGCACCUGCAUGUCUAGGAAAAGAAAUUGCUCAUUAUGAGUCCAAUCAGUUUAGCCGAAAUAGUUUUACCUUUGAGGUACAGGCUGAACUAUUAAAAUGUUAGACCCUUGCCCAUUUUUCUUGCUAGAAAAUCAGGUGCAUGUUAGAUUUCUAUUUUUUUUAGGAGCUUUAAUGUGAUUUCAGUGUAAGUUUUCUAGUGUAGAAACAUUGAAAGCAGGCACGCGUUUAUUACGGGGGCAUGUUAGAAUCUUGAAAACACUGCCAAAAUAAUCAGCAGUGCGUUUCAGUGUUGUUGUAUUCAUCUUGUUUAAUUCGACCAGUUCGGCUGGUCCUGUCAGGGUCAAAUUAAGAGAACUCUUUCAAUAGGUGAAGCGCCAAUAGUGACGGCACACAAGAAGAAAUACAGACAGGACAAGGACAAGAACUCAACUGUACCAAUAACAGUAACAUAACGCUGUAUUUCAUAGCUGGGCAGUACAACUUUGAUUUUGUUCAAGUUCUAUUGCACUAAUGCAAUAGUACAUGACACGGUAGACACAUAUUUACCUUAAGUCCCAGUAGGUAUGAGUGUACACCAAUGACCUGUAAUGUUGCCCAUGUAGCAGGAAUAUUUGUGCUCAGAGAAUUUCUGCUGAAAGGUCGCGACAUGUUGAUUUUAGGAUACUGGAGACUCUCUUUCACUGCUGUUGCUGCUGUUUCACUCUGCAAAACUUGUGAAUUGUUUAUGUUGUCUUGUUCUUGCUUUCAUUCCACUCUGUUGGCUUUAUAAUUAUCCCUUGAAUACAUUGUGGGGGUUAGUGAAGCUUAAUUUAGAUAGGUAAUGAGAAAAAGUAGAUGCAGCAGGAAUGGAACGGGUAAUAGGCAGUGAGACAUUUCAUGCUGCAGUCGUGGGGGUCAGUGGGAAUAUUAUAAAUCCUCAUGGACAUUUUGCAUGCUGUGUUCCUGUGCUUGCAAUGGCAUUCAAGGUAUCCCGCAAUCUUUUCUCAAUUGAUCUGCUGCUUCUGAGCACAGAUUUCUCAGUGACGAAGUCAUCUUCUGGCACAGAGGAAAAACAAAGGUUUGCAGGCAGGACUGUAAUGUAUUGCUCUACCAAGACUUAAUGUCUGCCUAAUGUGUUGCUUCACACACGGAGUUUUAUUUAAUUUUUUCUUAUUUGCCUAGGGGUUGCUAUGUGGCAUAAUGUCGGAAAGAAAUUAUAUAGUAAGUAUGGAGGCCCGUUUCAUAUAGGUACUGCAAAAGUGACCUAUAAAAUGUAUUAUCAGGGUUGUAAUGUGGGAUCAUGCAUUCCAUCCACUUCUCUUAUGACUGGUGCAACAAUUCUUGCUGCUAUAACACUUGGUUUGUUAAAUGCGUGACGAGAAUCUCUGGAACCAAGGGUAUUGAUUUUUAACGUAUCCACAUCCUCUAGCUGGAUUUUCUUGUAUAUAUAUCUCUGUACUGGGAGUGCUCUCUGAAUAGUGCUGUACACCUUUACACAAAAUGGCAACACUGUAUGUUGACUUCAUGCCCUUUCUCUGUCACCAUCAUUGAAAUAUACAGGGUGUUCCAAAUACCAUGCAUCACAGUUUUAAAAAGGACGGGCCAUUCUUCGCAAAGAUGACAAAAGUGCAUGUUGUUUACAGUCGAGUAGAGCAGCCGGCAGUGUUUUCUUGCAGUAGCAAUUAUAUGAACACUCCUGCCACAUUUCUGCCGUCGGCGUUGCCUUGAGGUUCUGUAUAAAAUUCAAGGGUAAUAAAAUUGUCACCGUACGCCAUAUGCUGUGUGUGUGAGUGAAAGUGUGCGAGGGUUAGUAGGCAAUCGCAGCUGAAUCUCGCACAUGCAGUGAUGGAAAGCGGGGAGGAAGCACGCCGUCUUGCGCAAGUCCCCGGCGGGAGGGGGAGAGGCGGGGUUCUACUCCAGCUGGCCCUGGCGGCUGCGCGCCCAGCCUGGCCACUGUAUCUUAAAAGCCGUAUGCAGCGGGCACAGAGUCAGUGCUGCGCCAUGUUUUUGCAGCGCAGUUUGCGUGGAUGCAAGUGGCUGCGCAAAGGUCAAUUCGCUCGCUGCUGCUGCCGCGCUUCCUCACUCCAGCUUCUUGACAACGAGUUUCUGCAGUCAUCGAGUGAGAUGCGUUCAUCUGGGCUUGUGCGUGCGUGACACCAUGCUUGUUAAUUUAGCUAGUAUGCCUAUGUUUACAAGUUUAUACGGUCGAUAAAACUACUCUCCCUUUUUCGUAUAGCUGUCCACUAACUUGCUAUUGCAAUCAAUGCUUCUGGGCGAAACUGCGACUUUUUGUCGAUGCCAUUUAAUUUAACAAUUAAUUUUAAAUGAGCUAAGUUAUUAAUUACUGCAGCCCUGAAUGCAAUGCCGUCAGGGAAGUAUUUGUAGGAAAUUGAAAGAAACUUAAAGCUGGCAUGUUUUCAGUCGGGUACAUUUUGGCCAUUUAUUUUUUUGCGGCUGAUAAAAAAAGCCCGCUAGAAAUGAAAAGAUAUCACGGGACUAACUAUCCACCCGCAUCAAAAAAGCAAUGCCCUCAAAAAAGCUCCAUAGCAGUUAGCAAAGCUGCCAAUGUUUGUCUUGUAGCAACACCAAUUUCUCACACUGUGGCGGCUGGGUUGUGACAAAUCGCCUACUAACUCCUGUGGAGCUUGUUUGAGGAUACUGCUAUUUGAUGCGGGUAGACGGUUAGCCAUAUGACAUUUUUCAUUUUUCGUGGGCUUUAUUUACCAGAAAGAAAAAAUAAAGGGGGCAGAAAGUACCGGGUUGGAAACAUGCCAGCGUUAAGUUUCUUUCAAUUUCCUACAAAUUCUUCAUUGACAGCAGUCAUUCAUAGCAUUAAAUAAAAGAAUUAGUUGAUUACAAUGAAUUAUUAAAUUGAAUGGCAUCAACAAAAAAUUACUGGUGGCUGCUGUACUUGAGUGUAAACAGUACGCACUUGCUUAUCCUUGCGUAGAAUGGCCUGUCUUUUUCAAAAACGUGAUGCAUUAUAGCUGGGACACCCUGUAAAAAAUAUUCUCUCUGUAUUGGUUGUUGACUUCUGUAACUCCUUAUAUAGUGAUGGAGCUAAGCGUGUAUGCAUGAGAUUGUGGAAUGCUUUAAUUUUGCUUGGCUGUGAUUCACCACUUCAACAGUAGUAUAAAUAGGAAGUUAAGAGUCUAUUGAUCUGCACACCUUGUGAGGUGAGACGGGUGUUAGGCUGUGUUUCUUUUUUUUUGCAUUCAAACUGUGAUUUGUUGUUACAUGUUGCCCUGAAUUGCAUGGUUCAUAAACAGACAUUGAUUUAAUAUGUGUCCUAUGCUUUCAGUAAUCGCAAGCUUUUUACUGCAUUGCGUGUUUUAAAACAUUCCAUGACAUUUUGUCCCAUUCUUUGACCUUCCAAUGAAAGCACCACUUCAAAAAGGAGAAUGGGCAUUUCCUGUGUAAGGAAUGCACAAUUUUUCACCAUUCCAUCCUUUUAUGUGAGGGGACCAGUGUAUUACAGUGGCAGCAUUGGAGACCACUGCUGUUGAAGACAAGUAUAUUGUGCAACGUUGUAGUGCACCAAUUGUAGUGGAGCAGCAUAAUCACACCAGAUGGAUAUUUAAUGUUAAGCAGAAGAUGCAUGGUACAACGUAGCAAGGCAGAAAGUUGGGUAAGUUGGUUCAAGUUCAUGGUGCAAAAGGCGCACCUUUAACACACAUGGAUAGAAGAAAAGACAAGAAUGAGCGCUUGUCCUUGUCUUUGCUUCUGUGCGUAUGUCUUAAAAUGUUGCGCCUUUUCUACCAUGGUACGAUCCAAUGUCUGAUAUGACGCCAACAUGCACGGAGUCUUAAAGAUGGCUGCUCUUAGUGUUUUAACCUUCCAAAAGCCUGAUAGGAACUUGCUGGAUAUGGCUGUCAGUGCAACAGCUUGUGCUUAGAUUGCAUAUGCAAUUGUAACGUGUGUCUUCUGCUUUAUGUGUCAGGUGCUGCUUGCCUGGUGGAAUGCACAUUUAUUUGCUAUGAAAGUGUGUGCCCCUUUUAAUAGCUUCCUUUCAGUGUCUCGUAAUAUAGUGUGUCAACCAUAAGCGAGGUGCCAACUACUGUCUUGGUAGUUGUUACGGAAUUGCUCAAUUGUGUGAGUGCCCAAUAGCUUGCCAUGCCUUAGUAUUGUGCAUACUUGGGAAGUUAUGUUGAAGGAGUUGAAUCUUGGGCUGCAUAUUGGAAUGAUCACUUUCAGGCACAUUGUUUUCAGCAAGUGCCAGUUGGCUGAACCAGUGGAAGGUGCCGUGACGAAAGAAACUUGAAGGCGGCUGUAUGUGCUGUCGGCAUUUAAUAUUGCAGAAUUUUGUGUAUUCAAUUUACUCAUAAUUUAGAUGACUAAAAUUUUGGGAUGCAAGUCCUUCGCAUCAGCGAUGGGUCUUGCCGAAUAUUAGGUUAAGUGAAAACACCGCUGAUUGUGACUGUUCCAAAAUGUGUGCGUGCCUUAUGGUAACCUUGAUCAUAUCAAUUUCUUAUGUUUUUGUCUGUACAUCUACUGAUCCAUUUGCUGUGCACAACAAUACAGUUCGCGAAGUUUGUACGAAGGAAUAAAUGACUUUAAAAUUGC